AAGUGGCUCUUUCAUUGGCUAAAAAGCACCCAUUAAGUUAUUGAUUUAUUGCAAAGAAAUAACCCAGAUUUCAAAGCUCUGAGCUCCUUUUUCAUCAAAUGCACAAGUACUCCACAAACGUAGUGGGUAGACUUCACUAGUGAUUGCCUUGCUUAAGUGUGAGUCUCUGUGAUUGAGAGAGAGAGAGAGAGAGAGAUUGAGAGAGAGUCGGUCUAAAUGUCUGACUUGGAAUUUCUACUCUUUAUUCUUCCAUCAGUCAUAGCUCUAGUUCUGAUCUUCAAUAACGUCGUCAAGAAGAGCAAGCAAAACACUCUCAAUCUCCCACCAGGCAACAUGGGUUGGCCUUUCAUCGGCGAGACCAUUGGCUAUUUAAGGCCAUACUCAGCCACAACCAUAGGUGAAUUCAUGGAGCAACACAUAUCAAGGUAUGGAAAGAUUUACAAGUCGAAUUUGUUCGGUGGGCCGACGAUAGUGUCGGCAGAUGCAGGGCUGAACAAAUUCAUACUGCAGAAUGAAGGGAGGUUGUUUGAGUGUAGUUACCCAAGCAGUAUUGGUGGGAUUCUGGGAAAAUGGUCUAUGUUGGUUUUGGUUGGAGACAUGCAUAGAGACAUGAGGAUAAUAUCUCUCAACUUCUUGAGCAAUGCUAGGCUCAAAACUCAUCUCUUGCCAGAGGUUGAGAAACAAACCCUGCUUGUGCUUAGCUCUUGGAAGGACAAUUCAACCUUUUGUGCUCAAGAUGAAGCCAAGAAGUUUACUUUCAAUUUGAUGGCUAAAAAUAUCAUGAGCUUGGAUCCUGGGAAGCCUGAGACUGAAGAGCUCAAAAAAGAGUACAUUACUUUCAUGAAAGGAGUGGUGUCCGCUCCUUUGAACUUUCCUGGGACAGCAUAUAGAAAGGCCUUAAAGUCUCGAUCGAUAAUCCUGAAAUUUAUCGAGCAAAAGAUGGAAGAGAGGAUUGGGAAGAUGGGGGAGGGAGUUGAGAAUUUGGACGAUGAUGAUCUUCUUGGAUGGGUCCUGAAGCAUUCCGACCUCUCCAAGGAACAAAUUCUGGACUUGGUGUUGGGCUUGCUCUUUGCUGGCCAUGAAACUUCUUCAGUGUCCAUAGCUUUAGCCAUAUAUUUCCUGCAAGGUUGUUCCAGAGCUGUUCAGCAAUUGAGAGAAGAGCACGUGGAAAUUGCCAAGGCCAAGAAGCAAUCAGGAGAGAGAGAAUUGAAUUGGGAAGACUACAAAAAGAUGGAGUUCACUCAAUGCGUUAUUAAUGAGACUUUAAGAUUUGGCAACGUGGUGAGAUUUCUGCACCGAAAGGCAAUCAAAGAUGUAAAGUACAAAGGUUAUGACAUUCCAAGGGGUUGGAAGGUGCUGCCGGUGGUUGCGGCCGUGCAUUUGGAUCCUUCACAUUUCGACCAACCUCAUCACUUUAAUCCAUGGAGAUGGCAGAACACUGGUGCAUCUUCAUCUAGUACUUCAACCACAGGCGCGACAAUGAGUAAUAACUACAUGCCAUUUGGGGGUGGACCACGGCUGUGUGCGGGAUCAGAACUUGCCAAGCUCGAGAUGGCAAUUUUUAUCCACCACCUAGUCCUCAACUUCCACUGGGAAUUAGCCGAUGAUACGGACCAAGCUUUUGCUUUCCCUUUUGUCGAUUUCCCUAAAGGCCUCUCCAUCAAAGUCCAUUGCCACACCUUAUAGCUUUUUUUAUUUUUAUAACCGGAUGUCUAGGUCAGCUUUCGCGCAUUCUGACUGAUUCUGGAGCCCUCAAGUUAACGACCAGGCAGCAUAGCAUUUGUUAUAUGAUAGUACAAUAGAAUCAACGCUGCAUAUCCUGAAAAUUUUCUGAAAUUGGGCAAAUUGUUUUGUACAAUACAACAAACAGAGCAGAUUACGAGUUGCUUGGAUUUUUCAAACGGCCUCUCGGCAAUUUCUUUUGUCUC